UGGCAAUGUUAUUGUCGUUCGUUAAACAUAUUGCAAACAUGAAUAAUUUCAAUAAAUUCGUUAUUGGAACGAUAUUAUUAACGAGGAGUAGAGGAGGCAGUUGAGGAAUGGGAGAUUGGGAGAGCUAUUCUUGGGCACCGAGAUCCUUCCACAACUUCGGAUCGAAAAUUUGGAAAGAUGCUUAGGUUGACCAAAGAUUUGGUGUAUGAAUUGCUGGAGAUAUUGACUCCAUUCAUACAACAACCCCGACGAGCUUCUGCACCUUUGAUUACAACAAAGGUUUUGGCCACUCUAAGAUUCUAUGCUAGUGGCAGCCAUCAGGAGAUCACUGGCUCCAACCAUUUUGUUGGGAUUAGCCAGGCAUCGAUGAGUAGAGCAAUAAAGGAGGUAACAUUAAAUCAAACACAAAUUCUUGCAAGCAAAGUCAGCUUUCUCAAAGAUCCAGAGGAACAAGAAGCUCUGCGUAGAAGGUUUCAUAGUAUUUAUAACUUCCCAGGAAUAGUGGGUAUCGUAGACUGUACACAUGUGGCAAUUGCGUCACCCUGAAAUAAUGACUCAUUAUACCCUGAACAUGUGUACGUCAACAGGAAAAAUUACCAUUCACUGAAUGUUCAGCUAGUGACCCAACCCGUCCCUGGUUACUUACACCACUACCGAAUCCAGGAAACCGUGGGGAGGACCUUUUUAAAGAAAGACUGUCCUCUGUAAGAUCCAUUAUUGAGAGAUGUAAUGGUGUCUUGAAAAACAGGUUUAUAUGCCUUUUACGGUACAGGACCCUACACUAUAGCCCUACAAUAUCAGGAAAAAAAUUUAAUGUAUGUGGUGUUUUACACAAUAUGUGCAUUGAUAAUCGUAUACCUGAGACAGAUGAGCCUCAUGAAGAUGAGCCGGACUAUGGCAUGUACACUGUAGAAAAUCUACAGCAAAGAUAGGCAGAUACAGGAGAACAUAAUAUUAAAUCAUUUUAAUGUAUAAAAUAAAUAUCUACACUAAUAAUUUCCAAAAUUUUGUAAAAAAAAACAUUUGUUCUUUAU